CAGACGUUCAGCGAUGAUGCCAGCCUUCGUCGCCUUCAAACGCCUUCAAUCCUCGAGUCUCGCAGUCACGAGAGAGCUACGUCAAUCUCAAUACUUUCAGGCGGAUUGGAAUUUAGACCUGCAGUUCGACACGCGGGUCAUUCAUCCAGCCAAUCAGCUACGUGCUGAAUGCUCGACCCCUCUGUCCUUUCUUUGUCCCACUUGACCGCAGAAAAUGCAAAAGCAAUCAGCAUAUUCAGGUUGUGUCUGCAGAGUAAAGGGGAGAGAGGGGUUAUUUCAUUGAUCCCUGUUGGUCAAGAGCCCCGUUGCGCCGUUUUGCAUGCCAGUCAUCGCCCGAAGCUGAUCCUGGGAACGGCCAACUUUCGUUUUAUCACCGACAUUUUCUGCCCCAGUAACCCGGUACAGGAAAAGGUUCCAUUGAGAUUCGAUGCAGGUAACAAAAGGGAAAAAGAUCGAAUAUCCCGUUGAUCAAAUCCGGACUAACCGGCAGCGGUAACUGGUGAACAAAGAAAACGAACAAGAGUGGCGAGAAAAGAAGGUUAUUGAAAACCAAUCUUCCGCUCCGCUCGAUUAUCGCUCUUUAUCGUUUGCUGUCGUCCCAAAGGGUUGAUCCCUGUUUUCAUGGUUCAGUGAUCCAUUUGACCCCUGCUAACUGAAUCGAACGAUGUUUGAUUCGAUGACGAUUAGAACGCCUCCAACGGCAGGUGGUUAGACGACUUGGGACGCACUGUGCCUUUUGGUAGACACGGAAUGCGGACAUAUCGUGUGACAAGAUUUUUAUGGUACUGCUAUGACCAUACUUCUUGGUUGUCCAAUAGAUUUUGAACUCGAUUGCUUUCGCUCACGAUGGUGGCCUCCAUGUCUUACGAGACGUGCUUGAGACGCAGAAAGCCAUGCAAGGUCCUUAGGUGGCAAAGCUUACGGGCAGAUGACAUCGGCACAAUACACAUGACUUCUGGUGCUGGUACUGACGCCCUCGAGACUAUGGGAAAAAGGCCCUUAUUACAGAGUCGAUUCACCCUUACAUGAGUCAGGCGCUCGAAUGCGGUGCCCCGUGGUCCAAUAGCACAAAGCCGUUUAACUCACAUUACACCUUGUUGCACAUCUCUUCCGUUUCCAUCGAGUGGCAUUUAUUGGCUACAUUAUCGAUUUUGUGUGACAGCCUCUACGUUUGCCAUGCCUUUAACGACGGGUCGUGCGUCAAUAAUGGGGGUUCCCAAUGGCUGUAUGCGAACAAAAGAAAUGGAUUGACCCAUUGGAUAGGGACCAUUUCGGUUUCCAGUACUCCAUACUGCUUCGCGUCCUCCGUUCUUGUUUUAACGGUUCAUUGAUCCUACCAAUCGACGCGCACUUCAAGGUUAUGUGCUGUCGCCUGAGCUUCUGUCAAGUUCUCGUAUCUAUUAUCCUCUCUGGACCCCGAAACAAGAUGACCGCAACCACUAAGAGAUAUCUUUCACACAAAGGCUCCUUGACCGGCUCCUCCCUCAUUAGAUGAUAGGAUGGCUCUGGCCGAGAGCGUUCGCAAGCCUGCAUAUCCAGGCAAAUGAAAGGUGGUCUUUGAUGCUC